AUGCACACUGCUUCUACAAACAUGUGUGAAAGACUGUGCAAUAAGUCCAUAUAUGAAAUUUCCUUGCUGCUAAAUAUUCCACUGCCAAAUGUUAGUGGUAUUAUAACAAAGUGGAAGCAACUGGGAACAACAGCAAUUCAGCCACAAAGUGGUAGGCAAUGUAAAAUAACAGAGCGGGGUCAGAGCAUGCUGAAGCGCACAGUGCGUAGAAGUGGCCAACUGUCUACAGAGUCAAUAACUAAAGAGCUCCAAACUUCAUGCGGCCUUCAAAUUAGCACAAAAGCAGUGCAUAGAGAGCCUCAUAGAAUGGGUUUCUAUGGCUGAGCAGCUGCAUCCAAG